AUGGACCCCCUUGAAUCUGUGGUGAAGAACCCAUAUACCAGCAUCAGCAUUCCACGAGCCCACCUUCGUCCGGACCUAGAAGAGCAGCUGGAACAAAGCCAGGACACUCCACACCCUGGGGCCAGGCCUAGCCCUGCUCCCGAUUGCUCCCUGCCAACAGCAGGUGGGUGGACCAAGGGGGAAGCCAAAGGAGGGUCCCAAAUCCAGACCCAGGCAUCUUGGCAACAGCCAGGGAAUCCCUACGCCAGUGUGAAACAGACAUCAGGGAGCACAAACCCACCUUACUGUAACAUCCCACCUGUACGGCGUGGAGACGACAUCGCCCAUCACUGCUGCUGUUGCCCUUGUUGCCGCUGCUGCCGCUGCCCUCGCUGCUGCCGCUGCCAUCGCUGUUGCUGUGUGGUCUCCUAA